AAAAAGGAGUGGGAUCUUGCAAUAUUUUCCUUUCUGAUUUUAAAACUUAGAACUGCUUAGAAAUUUACUUCAUAUACCCAUCAUUCCCUUUGCUAUUUUGAAGACUACAGAGGAUAAUGAAUUUGGAGAUUUUACUUUUUACCUUUCUUUUGCAAUGGGUAGCAACAAAUGCAGAGGAUACUAAUGAAAAUGAAUAUAAUAAGAAUCUUAUCAGAAAUUUCUUGCAACAUUAUGCUAUGCAUUAUCCUAAAAUUUAUGAUUAUGACACCAAAACUAAACUUUAUCCACCAAGUCAUGAUAGUUCCGAAGAAAAUAGUGAAUUUUAUUCCGGAAAUGAUAGUUCUCCACAAAGCGAUGGUUCCCCUCAUGUUCAUUAUCAUCAUCACAUUUAUGGCGAACGUCAUCAUACUCCACAAAAUGAAAAUGACGGAAAAGCGAAAGAAUAUAACUCCCCGACAUUAGAAGAAAAUUUCGAUGAAAAUAGUGAAUUUUAUUCCGGAAAUGAUGGUUCUCCACAAAGUGAUGGCUCCCCUCAUGUUCAUUAUCAUCAUCACAUUUAUGGUGAACGUCAUCAUACUCCACAAAUGAAAAAGGACGAAGAUAUGAACGAAAAGAAUUUACCUAACAGUAGAAGAAAAAUCCCGCAGAAUAGUAGAAGAAAUAAAGAGGGAUAUUAAUACCUUCACAAUGAAACUCCAAAAAUUAAGAAAUAAACAAAAUUCCUCUUCACUUGAAUCUGAAAAUUAGAAAUAUAACCUUGUGUAUGCAUAAAAAAUAAUGAUUUGGAUAUCAAGAUGAAAAAUGUACUUCAUUACAAUUGUUUCACGUAUCGAGAGAAGUAUUCUUUUAAAGAAAACUCAUAUUUUGUAAUAUAAAUAAAAGUAUUAAU